AUGGCUGUCCGUCUGUGGGUGGUCGCCCUGGCCUUGGCUGCCCUCCUCGUUGUGGACAGGGGAGUGCCAGUGUCAGGAGAAAAGCUCGUUUUCUCAAGAAUGCCCAUCUGUGAGCAUAUGGCAGAGUCGCCAGACUGUCCCCGGACAUUCAACCCGGUCUGUGGCACUGACGGGGUCACAUAUGAAAGUGAAUGCCAUCUUUGCAUAGCCCGGAUGAAAACCAAACAAGACAUCCAGAUCGUGAAGGAUGGCAAAUGCUGA